UGUUGCGUACUGUAGAAUGACUAAAAAUUAAUUCUUAGGACACAAAACGACUAAAUGCUUUAUUGACCAAGUCUAAUUGAAACAAAGCUAUUGAAAAAGCAUUUAACCACAUGUCUUCUCGGGAACAAUAAAAAUAGAAGAUUUAAAAGGGCGAAAGAUCGUGUUGAAUAAUUUUAGAUAGUCAGACACUUUUGAGAUAAUAACGAUAGAGGCAAAAAUGGAUAUUAAAAAAGGGAUUAUCUUUGUUAUGUAUUCAGAGCUUCUAUCUUCAACUGUUUUUGCCAUCGAAAGACAUAUUCAGUACACAGCAGGACAUGGUCAAGUCAGUACAAAUGAUAUAAAGUGUGGUGCACAAAAAGGCGAAAAUAAAUACGUGGCUGUAAAAAUACCACUCAACGAUGAAAGUGAAAUUUGCCAUGGUUUGGAGCGUGACUGGUUGCUUGAUAAACGUUACGACGACGGUUAUCAUUACAUAGAGAAGGAGAAUGUUGUAGAGAAAUUCAAACCUCCUAUUUCGGUCAAUAACAGAUUCUACUGGGCACUUCCAUCUUUGUUUGAGGUUGGAGCUAACUUAAAAAUCUACAUUACCAUCCCAGUUUCCUGGACACGCUUUGCAAUUAACCUUUAUGACUCUACAAAGGACAAUCUCCUGUCAAAUCCACCUGUAAUGCAUCAUCUUUUCUUUCGGAACGACAUCGAUAAUGCAGGCGUAGAUACAUACACACCCGAUAGAGGUUGGAAGAACAUUGGUUUAACAACUCGGCCAUGUCCAGUGAAAGAUGGAAAAACUUACAAUAUAACAUUAGAAUCACACACAGGCUUCAUCAGGACAUUGAUAGAUGGUCAUCCAUACUUCGACCUUCCGCAUGCCACCCAACCAAAGAAUGCUGCACUGCUAGCAGUAACUGGACCCCAUCCUCCUCUUCCUCUGGUUCAUAAUAUUUCUAUGAAUGGUCGUGUAUAA